CCCGAAUUUGAGAGACGUUUUCCUCUGGGCCCGCGCCCAGUAGCGAAUGUAACGCCAUCUCCCGAAGCGUGGCUUGUCCUUCUCCGGUUUGUCUGUCACAGCAGGACACGCCCUGCCCACGGUCCGGCCGCCCUCCCCAGCCCCGGCGGGCAGCCCACCGAGGAGCAUGACGCCCUGGCCUUCUGUUCCGUUUCCUUUGCGGCUGAGGCCACUGCUCCUUUUCCUGGGGACACAGGCGGCCCUGGCAGCCAGCUCGGAACUGGGUGGCCCCAACCAGAAUGCAGCCGGGAGCCCCUCCAGCGACCUCUGUGAGGCCGGCCACUACGUCAGCGCGGACUGCACCAUGGGCCAGGCCGUAAGGUGCUGUCCGUGCCCACCUGACUCCUUCCUGGCCCAUCCCAACAGGGCACAGUCCUGCUCGCCGUGCACGCAGUGCCGGGAAGACCAGGAGAUGGUGAGUGACUGCACCCCGAAACAGGACAGGAAGUGCCAGUGCAAGACCGGGGAGUUCUACUGUGACUCUGAGCAUUGCCUUGAGGGCUGCAACCCCUGCACCAGGUGUCCCGAGGGGAAGGUCGUCCUGCAGACGUGCAACGCCACGGCAGACACCCUGUGCGGCUGGCCCGGCCCAGGGCCAGGGAAACGACACCGGUUCUGCUGGAUGGCAGGCUGGCUCUUUGCCGCGGUGGCCGGGGCCCUCGUCAUUCUCUGCGUCAGGAAACCCGGAGACGGAGGCGGCCGGGCGGCCUGCUGCUGUCCCCAUGCAGGACCCGUCUCCACAGGACGCCCUUACAGAAGAGACAGCCUGGAGAGCUCUGUGGCCUUCAUGUCAUCGCCUGAGACCCCAGAUGCAGAUGCUCCGGUCCCCACGACGGGGGCCCUCCACCUGCCUGAAGACCGCCUGGACGAGGCGUCCGAUUCCCUGAUCCUCCCCGGGACCCCGGAGAGCCCGGCGGGAGACGGCCCGCGGCCGGAGGUGGAGGCAGGUGACGAGGCUGGGCCCCAGGCUGGUCACCACGACCUGACCCUUCUUCACCCCCUGCCCCCCGGGCCUGAGGGUCCGGCUGAGGUCCUGAGGGAUCUUGUGGACACAAAGGGGCCACCUGCUGCCGCUGAGGAGCUCAGGAGGCCUGGGAGGCCGCCUUACUGCCUCGGAGACCAGGUGACCACACAGGACGGUCUGAAAUCAAAGCCUGGCCAGCGUGGUUCAGUGGUUAGCGUGUUGGACGGUCCACGGAAGCGUCGGAAGUUCCAUUUCUGGUCCAGGGCUCGGGCCUGGGUUUCAAGUUCACUCCCCACCCGUCAGAGCCCCUGCGUGAGACAGCCAGUCAAUGAGUCUCUCUCUCUCCCCCGUCUCUUCAUCCCUUAUGCCCCCUUUGGAGACUCCAGGGAAAACAUAUCCUCAAAGGAGGAUUAACAAAAUAGAACAACUUUGUCCCCGGCCAGUGUGGCUCAGUGGUGAGGCAUCGACCUAGGAACCAGGAGGUCACGACUUGC